AUGUACUUGACCUCUAGAAAACCGUGUUCUAGACGUGUGUGGUACCUGCUUUUCUGUCACCGACCUUCCUGCCCCUCCGCACUGUGCUACCGCAAGCGGUUGCCCCACACCCACAACACCCCACCACGAGAAUUUCACUUUUUGAAAAUUAGCCCUCUGUCAAACUGCUGCAACUCCGCAUUCACGUCGCAACCGCCACAGCACCGGAUCUCGGCUCACUCUACGAUCACUACUUAUUGGACAUCAUCCGGAACAUACCUCCAGCAGCCCAACUCUUAUCCCACAUCAACACAACCCAAUAUGGCUGUCCCACCACCAGGCGAGUCGGCCCUGGUCGACCUGAUCAACUCGUUGCCCGAGCAUGAGGGCACUUGGGGCCCCCCGAUUACCACCGAGACCACCCUCAACGGCGUUCCCUACGCCCCAUUCUCCAAGAGCGACAAGCUCGGUCGCAUGGCUGACUGGACCGACAACAAGGAUGGCAGAGACGGCCGUGGUGGCAGACAGCAAUUCAACAGGAACUUUAGAGACCAACAAGUCUAUGGUGCCGGUUCCGCUUCUCUGUUCACUCCUCCUGUCGCCGAGGACGAGGCUUCCUUCUCCGUUGUCUCCAACGUUCGCGACUCAACCAAGACCCGCUUCGGCCGUGGUGCCGUUUUCACCCGUGGCCGCGGUGGCCAGCGCGGUGGAAGGGGAGAUGCCAGAGCCGCCGGUGGUCGUCAACAGUUCCAGCGUGCCGGUCGCGGUGGGCAAUAUGGCGGAGGCUAUGACAGCCGGGGCGGUGCCCGCGGUGGCGGCAAUGCUCGCGGCGGUCGUCGCUUUGGCUGGAAGGAUUACGACAAGCCUGCUCGCAACCGUGAUGCUUCGAUCAACAUCAAGCCCAACUGGACCUUGCUUGAGGAGAUUGACUACAACCGUCUUAGCAAGUUGAACCUCGAGACGGACGAGGGUGAGGAUAUCGACAGCUACGGUUUCGUAAAUGCCUACGACCGCUCCUACGACAAGCCACCAGUCAAGAACUCGGAGCGCAAGCUUCUUGCGCUUGACCGUGCUGCCUACAACGUCACGACCUCUGUGGAUCCUAUCAUCCAGGAGCUCGCUGACAAGGAGGAGGCCACCAUCUUCGCCACUGAUAGCAUUCUCUCGAUGCUGAUGUGCGCCCCCCGUUCCGUCUACUCUUGGGAUAUCGUCAUUGUCAGACAGGGCAACAAGGUCUUCUUUGACAAGCGCGACAACGCCGCUCUUGAUAUGGUCACCGUCAACGAGAACGCCGCCGAUGCGCCGCUCGAGGCUUCCGAGGGAUCCAAGGAUUCUAUCAACCAGCCCACCGCGCUCGCGGAGGAGGCUACCUAUAUCAACCACAACUUUGCCAACCAGGUUGUGCUUGAGCAGCACAAGGUCAGCAUGGCUCACGAGAACCCCUUCUACUCCCCCGAGGAGUCCGUGCCCCCUGCGUCCAAGGCCUACAAGUACAGACGGUUCGAUCUUUCCACCACCGAGGAGAGCCCCACUUAUCUAAUCGUCCGCACCGAGUUGGAUGCGGUGCAAAAGAGCGCUCUCAACAACGAAAACCAGUUCGUCACUGUCCACGCUCUCAACGAGUUUGACAGCAAGGCUCAAGGCAGCGGUGGUGGCCUUGACUGGAGGACCAAGCUUGUGUCUCAGCGUGGUGCUGUAGUCGCCACUGAGAUGAAGAACAACAGCUGCAAGCUCGCCAGAUGGACUGUUCAGUCUAUUCUCGCCAAGGCUGAUGUCAUGAAGAUUGGUUUCGUGUCUCGCGCGAACCCCAAGACCAAUGACAAGCACGUCAUUCUCGGCGUUGUUGGCUGGAAGCCUAAGGACUUUGCCAACCAGAUGAACCUCCAGCUGUCCAACGGCUGGGGUAUCGUUCGUACCAUCGCCGACAUGGUUCUUCAGCAGCCAGAGGGUAAGUACAUCUUGGUCAAGGACCCCAACAAGAACAUCCUCCGACUCUACCAGCUCCCUGCUGGGAGCUUGGAUGACGAGGAGGAGGAGGUCGCCGAGCCGGUUCAGGAGGCGGAGGAGUAGAGUACCUCUAGGGAGUGUAGAGCACCGUCGGUGGCGAGAAGGAGGACAAGAAGGAGGACUAUGUGAUGACACCGGGUAUUAUACCGCUCAAGAGCAAUAUUACUGAAACGGAAGCGGAUACGGGAUACCUCUGUGGUUAUGAAAAGCCAGCGUUUUUCCGGAUCAGCAUUCAAUAAAGGGGAUAAAAAGCGGGACCAUAGCGUCAAAUGCAAUACCAAUGAACUUUUCUACCAAAUG